AUGACGAAAAGCGACUUCCAGGAACACAACUUUGAAAAACUACACGAAAAAUACAAUACCCAGGCCCUUCGCAUCGGACCCAACGAGCUGCACAUCACUGAUGUCAACCUAUACAAAGUUAUCCUCAGCAAGUCCAGCCUGUUUCCCAAGUACGCUCCAUUCUACGAUGGAUUCAACACCCCUCAUACCGUAUUCACCGAAUGUGACCCUCCGUUUCACAAAGAGCUCCGUCGAUUACUGAACCCGCGUUUUUCUCAUGUUGGAUUAUUCAAGUUGGAGCCCAUUAUUCAACAAAAUAUCAAAAUGCUUGUUGGAAAAAUUCAUUUUCUGGCAGCUAAUGGACCGGUGAACGCCUAUGAUGCUUUUAGGUUAUCCUGCAAUUUACAUGUGGAAGAGCCGGGGGCCUUAUGGAAGAAGAUCAGAACGGUUUCCGCUCAUCGAUCCUGGGGGGGCUUUAACGCCGCCUCAAAAAGAAUUCCCGACCUGCAGUACCAGCCAUGGCUUCGAAAGCUGAUCAACAUCAUCCCGCAAACCCUUGUAUACAACUUAAGUCCGGAAAUUGGAAGUUUACUAGACAUUACAAAGCUCGCUGAAGACUCCGCGCGUCACUUGCAGAAGUCCGAAUCUAGGUCCGACCAUCCAGUGGUAUUAGAAAGAUUGGAGACAGUCAAUGAUGCGGAAAAAGUGACCGAGGCGAUGGACAUUUUGAUUGCCGAUGCGGACACUACGGCUUCUACUUUGACAACUGGGUUGAUCCACAUUCUGUCUGACAGUGAAAUUGAGCGUCGAUUGCUCAACGAGGUUGAUUUACUCCCGCCAGACGAGAAUGGCCAACUUCCCCUUCAGACUUUGGAAAAGUCAGAAUACUUGAAUGCUACUGUCAAGGAAACACUUCGAGUCGGCAUGGCCGUUCCAGGUCGGCUUCCUCGUGUUGUGUCAGAUUCUCUCACGGAGCCUUUCAUUGUUGAUGGCAAGGUAGUUCCACCGGGUACGACUGUCUCCAUAUCUACCUACACCAUGCACACAGAUACUUCGAUAUGGGGCCCGGAUGCCCGCAAAUUUCGACCUGACCGGUGGAUCGGUCCUCAGAGCAAGGGCCUGGAGCAGUAUUUGUGUAUUUUUCCCAAGGGCGCAAGGAUGUGCAUCGGUCAGAAUCUCGCGCUUGCCGAGAUUAUCAUCGCACUAGCCUAUAUCCUGCGUAACUUCAAGAUGAGUUUACGAUCAAAAAGUGAUAUUGGGGCGAAAAAUGAUCGAUUUACGCUGCAGUACGAAGCUCAUGGGGCUCAGGUCACAUUCAAGCCGCGUUCGUGA